AUGGGCUUGGACGAGCGUUGUGCUCUCGAAGCACUGAGAGAGAAUAACACCACCAUAGAGCUUUGGCAUAUCUGGAAUGGGACCGAACCGCUCGCUAUCAGUCAUGCUGGCGGCGAGUUCACUGACCUUGCAAGAGAGGUGUUAGGAGACUUCUGGAAAAUUGAGUGUUACGUGGAUAACCGCACUCGUCGUGAUCGCAUCCUCCGCAGGAACCAGGCAUUUACAGAGCAGAUGCCUGUGAUGACCGACACUUACCUUGCCUGGAGUCUUGCAAAAUCCAAGGAGGAGUUCAAGAGUUUUUCUGAGAGAUUGGAAAGGAACUCGGCGCGGGACUGUGGUGAAUGGUCAAUCAGCGUGAUUGACGUCUUCUACGCCACCAUCAGCUCUGCACUGGUGCGUCAAGGUGUAAUGCCAUGCUCGCCUAUAUCACCAACUGUAGGCAUAACCACAGAAGCACUUGACUUAUAUCGUGCUUUUGUGAAAACUGUGUGCGACUUGCAAGGGGUAACUACAUCUAUCCCGUCAAUUUCCAUUGCAUUCGACUUAUUCCUUCAAAUUCAACGCUCCGUGGCAGCCCUCGUAGCUGAAUCGCUUCAAUGCAACUCACCCGACUGGCGCCUUAAGCAUGCGUGUCCUGCAUGUACGCUGCUGUAUGCUAUGGACGGUAACGACUCCUUAAAGCGAGUCCUUCGGAGAUCUCUGGAUCAUGAUGCUGAUGACUGUGUCGCUCCCUCAUCUGAAGUUCCUACGGGCCAACAAUUCACAAGUGAUCGUUACUCACCUCGCGCAUUUGAGGAUACAGCCGCCAAAAAUGCUUGCGCCGGACGAUGGAAAAACAUGGACGACGCCAAGACGAAGAAGGCUUGGGGGAUAUAUGAUGAAACAGGUGCAUUCGUGGCUGUCUGCCGCCACGGGUUUUCUCUACUUAUUGCAGACAUGGUACAAAGCGGUGAGCUCGCGAAGUACCCAUUGGCUGUCGUGUCGAAGUUGAUGGACGUAUUUGGGAAAAAUCUGGGCGGUGGGUAUGAUAUUGGUUGUCAGUUCAAAACGACACUCGACCAGAGCUCCCUUGGACCACUCGCACGCUCACUUCAACACACCUGCCUGGUUGGCGCCUUCCACGGACAUGCCCACAGGCGCUUGUGCCAGUUGUUUUCGCUUACAACGUACAUCAAGGGUCUAGGCCUCGAGGAUCUCGAAACCUGCGAAAGGACAUUCUCAAAAUCAAAUUCUCUGGCAUCUGCGCUGCGCUAUGCAAGCGUGUUCCAUCGGCAACAAGCCAUCGACUCUUAUUUCAAGCACACUGACGACUUCGAGGUCUACGCUCAUCUUUCGAAUUUUUUGCAUGGGAACUACAAGCAAGCACUGGACAUCUUGAAUGAUGGCAAUGCAACUCUACCGAGGCUCAUGCAAGACCUAGGACUCACGGACGAGAGUAUUUUCGAGCGCUGGAUAGAAGAGGAAAAGCCUGAAAAUGAAACCCUCCAGAUGGAGUACUGGCAAAGGCUGGUGUAUUCUCACGAGGAUGUUACAUCGUAUGACGUCCAGAUGCAACAUACUUGCAAGGCCGAAACCGCACAGCGUCAUGCUGUCGAGGACCACGAGAGGAAUUUGAAGCUCAUUCAAGCGCUCGAGUGUAAGCUCAAGAUCGUGACGCGCUGGACUCCUGCAGAUGCAGAUUGGCAGAGGGUGGGGAGGCUCGUUGCUCAGAGGAAGUACCAGCGUGCACUGGAUCGACUCGAAGGUUUGGUCAUAGCACGUAUAUUUGAACUAUCAAAGAUGAACCGGGCAGGUACAGGCUACAAACUACGUAAACACAUCGCCAAAGCAUUACAGACACGCUCUGUCGCCAUCAAAACUGCCCUCAACACAUACAAUACCAUCGCAGAAGCAAUGCACCCUCCCCGCCAAACGCUGAAGUGGGAAGAGGUCGUGGAGUAUGUGUUUCUCGCCGACUUUGACCUCCUACGUGACACACGUGCGGACGUCUCUCAACAGCCUUGGUCAUCGGCUGCUGCUCGCAGUGCGAUGGACUUGUACUUCAAGAUGUGUCGGGCGCGGGAGGAAAUUCAGCGCUUGAAUGUGGAGGUACGGCGUCUAGUAACUUACAUCCGAGAUGAAGACAAGUAUUUGUGGACAUGCAAGGAUCAGUUGAAGGUGACCAGUCCAGCCAUUGCCCAUCAAAUUGCCAUACAUCGAAACGCUCGAGGACGAUUCAAUUCGCGCCACCUGAGGUGGCUCCAUGAGAUAUCGAAGCUUCCUGGUUUCAGCAGGACAAUAGUCCUAGGUGUAAGUACUAAUACAAGUCUCGGGGAAAGCUGCAGCACACCGAACGCACAGGUCCCAUCACGACUGCUUGCCGAACACAUACCUUUUAAUAGACCAUCUACAGUAGACCCAGAUACCCCGGAUGACCUUGAUGAUGAGGAGCAGGCAGAGGAGGUGGAAGAGGAAGCAUCGAAGAGCCUGCAAGACGUCCUCCGCGUCGCCGAUGAUUUCUCGCGACUGGACCUUCUUGACCAUGAGGUUUAUGAGGAGUAG